AUGGUCACCAACUACAUCCUGCAGACUCCUUCCUGGGAUCUCACACCCCCAUUCCCCCCCCCCCCCUCUCCACGCAACAAACUCAAAUGGCAGCUGUUGGGGCUGGGCAUCUGUGCGGACACGGUGGUGGGCAACGCUCUCGUUCGUGGCAUCUCAGGCGGCCAGAAGAAACGCCUCACCACAGGCGAGGAACUAGUGGGCAUGCGGCAGGUGCUCCUAAUGGACGAGAUCAGCACGGGCCUCGAUUCCUCCACCACCUUCCUCAUCACGCGCUGCCUGCGCCAUCUCACCCACGCGCUGCGCACCACCACGCUCAUCGCGCUGCUACAGCCCGCCCCCGAGACCUUUGCGCUCUUUGACGACGUGCUGCUGCUGGCGGAGGGGCACGUGGUGUAUCACGGGCCAAGGGAGGGCGUCAUGGGGCUGUUCCGGUCGCUGGGGUUCGACUGCCCGCCACGGAAAGGAAUCGCAGAUUUUCUGUUAGAGGUGACGUCAGCCAAGGACCAGGCACAGUACUGGGUGGAUAAGUCACAGCCACACGAGUUCAUGGCAGCAGGGGACAUGGCUGCUGCCUUCCGCCACUCCGCCCUCGGCAAGCAGAGACAGGCCGAGCUGGCGACCCCCUUCCAGCCAACAGACUCGUCCACGUCAGCACUGGAAACAGCCCCCUACGCCCUCUCGCCCACUCAAAUGUUGACAGCUGUCUUCGCCCGGGAAUGGCUGCUGAUGAGACGCAACGCACUGCUCUACAUGGCUCUCAUCAUGCAGGUGAUAUUCACGAGCCUCAUGUCAUCAACAGUCUUCCUGUACACGCAGCGGGCCAUCACAGCCAAGGACGGCAACGUGUACCUGGGAGUGCUCUUCCUCGGCAUCACCAUGAUGCUCUUCAACGCCUUCUUCGAGCUCCUCCUCUUCACGCUGCGCCUCCCGAUAUUCUUCAAGCAGAGGAACACGCGCCUGUACCCCGCGUGGGCGUGGGUGCUGCCCAUGGCCGUGCUGUCGCUGCCGCUGUCGGCCGUGGUGGCGGCGCUGUGGACGGCUGGCACGUACUUUCUUGUUGGCUUUGCUCCCGAUGCUGGAAGAUUCUUCAUCCAGCUGCUCGUAUUCUUUCCUCCUUCCGUACCCCCCUUCCCCGCCGUCCGUUCUGCCCCCUCUCUUCCCACUCCCCCCCUAUCCCCCCCCUUCCUCCCCCCACACCCCCUCAGGUUCUUCAUCCAGCUCCUCAUAUUCUUCCUCAUCCAUCAGACCGGAGUGGCUCUCUUCCGCCUGCUGGGGGCGCUCGGCCGCAACCUCGUGGUCUCCAUCACCCUUGGCAACUUUGCCUUCAUCCUCCUCUUCCUGCUCGGGGGCUUUAUCGUCUCUAAAGUGUCCCCCCUUGUUCACGUCGUCACCCUCGGCGAAUUCGCUUUCAUCACCCUCAGUGUUCCUGCUCAGGGGCGGGGGCUUUAUCGUCGCUAA